AUGGAGUACUCUUUAUUGACAAUCAUCUCCUCACAAAGGAGGUAUCAACUUACAUGCUUUAAUGCUUUCUGGCUUCUCUUUCUCUUCACUGUCCUCUCCACAAUCUCUGUCUCAUCUUCUACAACUCCACCCUCUUACUCUGAUCACUGUGAUUCAAUUGUUCCCAAGUCCACCCCAACCGAUCCCGACUACACCACCUUGCCACAUCUCCUCCGUAUACCCAACGGUCGCUACACUGGUGGUGACAAAAUUCUUGUUAACACCUCGUCUGAUCAAUUCUACUUUGAUUACGACAAGUAUCUCUCCUUUACCACCCGAAAAGUUUAUAAAACCAAAGCCAGUGAUGUUUAUAAUAUUGAGGCCUACUUGACCUUUUCCCAAUCUUACUAUUCUAAUUAUCGUUCUCGGAGAGGUGCACUGAAAUUCCUAUUGAAUGGAUUCUGGUCUGAAUCUUCUGGGAAGCUUUGUAUGCUGGGCUCGGCAUCUUGGCACUCAAGAGAAGGUAACUCUCUUGAACUUGACGCUGUUCUUGAGCUUAAUUUUGCGAAGAAUGCAACUAUCUUAACUAGUUUGGUUAAUGGAACAUUGGAGAGCUUGAGUUCUUCUGAUGAUUUGAAUUACUUUGAUCCAAUUUCAAUAUUGGCUUUCCCUUCCAUGAGUUACUACAAUUACACAUUGGUUUCGAAGGAAUUAGAUAGUGGGUUCCCUGGUGGAAUUGAUAUUCCACAGAAUCCCUCUCUUGGAUUGCAACCGGGAAGUAUAUGUUCAACGCUCUCCGGGCACCAAAUUAAGGAGGAUAUGACUGUGGCUGAGUAUGAACAGAAGUUCAUUAAUUUGUCAUUAUUUGCACUAGAGGAGGUCAAUACGGAAGAAAAGAAGAGAGACCGCUUUGUGAAAGGGUUGAUAUGGCCGAUUAAAGUGGUGAUCAUAGGUAGUCCUGCAUAUACUACUUAUAUCCAGGUGGUUAAUGCCGCUUUACAGCACUGCCAGAUGAGGAGUGAUUACCGGAAGUCCAAGGGAGAUAAGCGGGCUAACCGAGACUACCAGACAGUGGAGAAAGGAAGCAGCAGUGGUGCCAAGUCCAAUGAUCGGGGCAGAUUUCAAGGACAUCAACCUUGGAAGAAAAACAAAGGAAACCCAGAUGUGCAGAGGGAUGGAGUCCCUAAUCAGGGUAGACAAGGUGGGAUACCUCAGACCGGACAAGAACAGUGGUCGGGAAGUCAACAGAGGAGGCAGGCAGGUCCUUUUACGGGACGUUGUUAUCACUGUAGAGAGAUUGGGCAUCCGGCCAAGAUGUGUCCCAAAGCUAAGCAGGGACAGUAUGGGCAGCCGAGACCUAAUCAGCCGUUACCUCUACCGGCCCCACCGAUGCCACGUGGGCAAGUUCAAAAUGUUCCGGCACUUCCAGCACCACCAUUUCCUCCGGGACAACCUCCACAGCAGUUGCAUCAUGGCAGAGUUUAUAACUUCAUGCCACAUAAUGCGCAGGCUCCUCAGGCUAUUGAGGGUAUGUUUUCUAUACAUGGUAGAACUGCUCGUAUACUGUUUGACACGGGUGCAUCACAUUCUUUUGUGUCUAGAUCUUUUGUUAUCUUAUCUGGUAUGACGACUCAGUUAUGUGACCAACCUCUUAAUAUUUAUACACCAUUGGGAGUUGGCGCAAUUUUACGAGAGCGUAGCGGUGAUAUCCUUAUAGAUAUGGGCCGGCUUCGAUUUCUUGCAAAUUUGUUAGUGUUAGAUAUGCAUUCGUAUGAUGUUAUACUUGGGAUGGACUGGUUAUCUCAGUACCAUGCUCAGGUUAACUGUUACGAAAAGUCUAUUGUAUUUUCUAUACCAGGACAGGAGAUGUAUCUUCUUGUUGUACCACAACCUGAUAGAGGGCUUAGCACUUAUUUAUUCGUUCUUGAGGAGGACUCACAGGAAGCGGCUGCGGUAUCUCUUGACAGCAUCCCGGUAGUACAGGAAUUCCAGGAUGUAUUCCAGGAAAUUCCAGGCUUGCCACCGAGUCGAGAGAUAGACUUUGUCAUUGAUUUAGCUCCAGGCACUACGCCUAUUGCUAAGGCGCCGUACCGAAUGGCACCAGUGGAGAUGCGAGAGUUGAAAGAUCAAAUUCAACAGUUGCUCAGCCAGGGAUUUAUUCGCAGGAGUACUUCACCAUGGGGAGCACCAGUACUGUUUGUAAAGAAGAAGGAUGGAUCUCUUCGUCUUUAUAUUGAUUACAGAGAACUGAACAAGGUCACUGUUCGCAACAAGUACCCGUUGCCCAGAAUUGAUGACCUGUUUGAUCAGUUGAAGGGAGCUACUUACUUCUCAAAGAUCGAUUUGAGGUCUGGUUAUCAUCAGCUACGAGUCAGAGAACAAGAUGUUCCAAAGACAGCAUUUCUCACAAGGUACGGAUCUUAUGAGUUUCGUGUUAUGCCCUUCGGUUUAACGAACGCUCCAGCUGUCUUUAUGGACUUGAUGAAUAGAGUAUUCAGAGAAUACUUAGAUCAGUUUGUCAUUGUUUUCAUUGAUGAUAUUCUGGUUUACUCUAAGUCGGAGAAGGACCAUGCCAAACAUUUACGCACAGUAUUGCAGACACUUCGAGAACAUCAGUUGUUUGCGAAGUUUGAGAAGUGUGAAUUUUGGCAGAAAGAGGUCAAAUUUCUGGGACAUGUAGUGUCAGAAGAAGGGUUAGCAGUAGAUCCAGCCAAGGUUGCGGCCGUUAUGGAGUGGGGACAGCCUACCUCACCGACAGAGAUUCGCAGUUUUCUGGGAUUGGCAGGGUAUUAUCGCAGGUUCAUCCAGGGAUUUUCUAAAAUUGCGGGUCCACUUACUCAUCUGACUAAGAAGAAUGUACCAUUUGUAUAGGAUGAUUCUUGUCAGACUGCUUAUGCUGAGUUGAAAAGUAAGUUAACUUCUGCACCUGUCUUAGCCACACCUCAGAGUGGAAUCGAGUAUUUAGUAUUUACCGACGCUUCUUUGAAGGGUUUGGGUUGUGUGUUGAUGCAAGAAGAGCGACCAGUU